GGCCAUAACAUAUCUUCUCGUUUUUAUGUGUAUUGUAAACGUUGCGGUACCGUUACACCUGGUAAAUUACGUGCAAGAUGUAGCAAAUGUAAAGAGAGUUCUGUUACACUCGUCCGGGGGCCUGAAUCAUGGGAUGAUAUUUUAAUUUAUGGCAGAAUCAAAGGAACUUGUCAAUUUGAGUGUUCAAAUACUAUUGUUGAAUUUUAUUUCAAGUGUGGAUCUCAUUUAGCCGAUGAAAAUGAGUUCUCGGCACCGUUGUAUCAAAUUCGUACUAAUACUAGAGCAGUUCCAUGUUUAAUUUGUUACGAACAGAGGUCAGAAAUGUUGGUAUUUAGCUGUGAAAGUGGACAUACGCUAUGCUUAAAUUGCUUUCGCGAGCUCUGCCUUACUAAAAUGAAUGAUCGGCAAUUUGAUUUCGUAGAAGGCAUAGGCUAUACGAUUCCUUGCCCAGUUGGUUGCGAAGGUUCUCAUAUUAAAGACUGUCAUCAUUUUCGAAUUCUUGGAAAGAAAAACUAUGAACGCUACCAUAAAUUUGGAGCCGAAGAACUAACUUUAAGUUUAGGAGGCGUUCUUUGCCCCGGGCCCAAUUGUGGGCAAGGCAUACUCUAUGAUGGCGAUGAUAACUGUAUAGAAUGCCCUGAUAAAAUUGGCUGCGGAUUAAUUUUUUGUCGUCGAUGCCUGAAAGUCUGGCAUGAAGGAUCGUGCGAAACAUAUGAAAUAUCUGAUAACUGCCAUAAUUAUACACAGCCAUAUCGUAUCAAUGCAGCAGAUGCUGAUAAGGCUAGGUGGGAGCGUAAAACUAAAGAAACUAUUAAGAAGAUUUCUAAACCCUGCCCAAAAUGCAAUACACCUAUUCAAAAAAGUGGUGGUUGCAUGCACAUGUCGUGUCCCAUUCCAAGAUGUAGAUUUCAAUGGUGUUGGAUAUGUUGCAAGGAAUGGAAUAGCAAUUGCCGUGAUGAUCAUUGGUUUGGUUUAUAA